AUGACCGACGACACAGUCUCCGAAGAGCAAAAGAAGCCAGUGAAGGAACUCAUAGUGGUUUUCGACGAGGCGAGGUUCGUGCACGAAACUGGCGACAUCUAUGAUGGCUCCUUCGAAGUUAGGAAGAAGGACAAGUUCCUGAAGAUGCAAGGUGCCGGUGUCUACACCACGGCAGAAGGCGAUGUGUACACCGGGAAUUGGGAAGGCGAUCGCCUCUUCGGCGACGAAGUGACCAUCGCUUACACCGACGGCUCUAAAUACGAGGGACCUAUCAAAGACUGGUCUUACACCGGCAGAGGCAAAUACACGUACCCUGAUGGUACGGUGUUAAACGCGGAUUUCAUUGAGAAUUUUCCGGUAAGAGAGUUGAUGCUGACAGAUCCGAACGGGCAUGUAUGGCUCGGUCGCGCGGAGGUCGGGUUUGGCAGGUUAGAUCCAUGGAAUCACUUCUAUCAGGCGUUUGAGUUAUCGCGCGAGAAGUCGCAUAGUAGCCCAGAAAAGACAAGUAAACGGAAGUAAGGAA